AUGUGGCUCCCAAAGGUGAAGACUGCAAAGAAGGGAGCAACAAAAAAUGGGUUGGUAGCAGUUGCAGUAGACAAAGAUAAAGGAAGUCAAUAUGCAUUGAAAUGGGCAGUUGAGAAUCUUCUUUCUAGAGGCCAAACUGUUCUUCUAAUCCAUGUUGUUCAUAAAUCAGUAUCAAACCCUUCAACUCAUGGUCACGAUCGUCUGCGAUCGGAAAAGUCAACUACAAGCAAAGAUGUUUUCCUCUCAUGUCAUUGCUAUUGCACACGUAAAGAUAUAUUCUGCUUUGAUGUCGUACUCCAUGACAUUGAUAUGGUGGGAGCAUUAACAGAAUAUGUAUCUUAUGCCGCAAUCGAAAAUCUGGUUCUUGGUGCCCCAUCAAGGAAUGGAUUUAUUAGACGCUUCAGAACAGAUGUUCCUAGCAGUGUGUCUAAAGCUGCACCAGAUUUCUGCACGGUAUAUGUCAUCUCCAAAGGGAAGAUUUCGUCGGUUCGAAACGCCUCUCACUCGGCUACAUAUACUUCUCCAUUGUUAAGUCAAAUAGAGAAUCAAAACCCUAAUAUUUCUUCUAAUCAAACUAGCAGAAGUCUUAGAGUAGAGAGGACACAGUCCAAGCUUCGCACCCCAGUUCAUGAUGAUAGAGUAAAGUCACCUUUUGGAAGAAGAGGUUACGGGAAGCCAUUGUCAGAUUUUCCAGAACAAGAAACUGAUAUAUCAUUUGUCAGCUCUGGCAGGCCAAGCACAGAUCACCGAUCUUCUUUCUUCUUAAACUAUAGUGAAUCAGUGCCAAACUCAAGGCCUUCCACCAGCUCAGAUUAUGGUAUUGGCUCACUUUGUUUGGGAAUCAAGCUCAACAAUCAGAUUUCGAUGCCUGAUAUGUCUCCAGGUUCACAAGGAAGUGACAGACUGUCUUGUUCAUGUUCAUAUUCAUCCCAGAACAUGGAAGAUAUGGAAGCAGAACUGAGGAGGCUGAAAGUGGAACUAAAGCAAACAAUGGACCUGUAUAAUACUGCAUGUAAAGAAGCACUUAAUGCAAACCAAAAGGUACUGAAAAUUCAUUUUCAAUUCAUAUUUUCCAAAUAUGCUGAGCUAUGUAACCACAUAUUUAACCAGGCUAGGUCAAUGGUGGAGCAAGAGAGAGCUAAGUACAAGGCGGCAAUGGAAGCAGCUGAGGCUGCAAAAAGAAUUGCAGAGUUGGAGGCACAGAGAAGAGUGACUGCUGAAUCAAGAGCUCUUCAAGAAUCAGAGGAAAUGAAAAAGGUCUGGGAUACGCUAGCUGAAAAUGGUAUGAAAUAUAGACGAUAUACUAUUGAGGAGAUUGAAACAGCAACAGAAAACUUCUCUGAAUCUCGCAAGAUAGGCGAAGGAGGGUAUGGCCCCGUUUACAAAUGCUAUCUUGAUCAUACGCCAGUCGCUGUAAAGGUUCUACGGCCGGAUGCAGCUCAAGGAAGCUCACAAUUUCAGAAGGAGAUUGAAGUACUAAGCUGCAUAAGGCAUCCUAACAUGGUACUCCUCCUCGGAGCCUGUCCCGAGUAUGGCAUUCUAGUUUAUGAAUAUAUGGCUAAAGGAAGUCUGGAUGAUCGUCUCUUCCAGCGAGGAAAUACCCCAGUGCUUUCUUGGCAGAUCAGAUUCCAAAUUGCUGCAGAGAUUGCUACAGGUCUACUUUUUCUCCAUCAAAGCAAGCCAGAGCCGCUGGUUCACCGUGAUCUCAAGCCAGCAAACAUUUUGCUAGACCAAAAUUAUGUUAGCAAAAUAAGUGAUGUUGGAUUAGCCAGGUUACUCCCUACUGUCGCUGAGAAUGUAACUCAAUAUCGAAUGACUUCCAUGGCCGGAACAUUUUGCUACAUCGAUCCUGAGUAUCAACAAACAGGAAUGCUGGGUGUAAAGUCUGAUCUGUAUUCUCUAGGAAUUUUGCUUCUGCAACUUCUUACAGCAAAAAAACCAAUGGCUUUAGCUCAUCAUGUUGGGGAAUCUAUCAAGGAAGGAACAUUCAAAGCAAUGUUGGAUCCUGGAGUGCCUGACUGGCCUGUUGAAGCUAGUUUUUCGCAACAACCAUAA